AUGGCUUCGCUCGGGCAGGACCGCCGUUACGGGCUGUCGUGCGGGAAAAACAACUCUAGCAACAACAAACACGGACUCAACAGGACGCUUUACCACGUCAAGCUCACCGACACUGCCAUUCGAGCUUUGGAGUCUUACCAGAACCUCAAGGCUAAUUUACCAAAUGAGCCGUCUAUUUGUUUCGAGGGGAAUCAAGGGUACAUCAAGCUGCCAGCUCCAACGGUAGAGUCACCCAAUGCGUUUCGCAUCUUUUCAUUCUACUUAUCCAGCGACUGCAAAGACCAGCCACAAGCAAGCUUCGACUGCAUCCAUCAAUAUGUGUCAAGUGACGGCUGCGAGCAGCUGGAAGGUCAAGGAGUCAUCCAGGACAAGAUCACCGUGUGUGCCACAGAGGAUUCCUACCAGAUGACGCGAGAGAGGAUGUCUCAGGUGGAAAAGGACAGUUGGAGUCGCUCCGCUAUUGAGAUCAAACCUGGAGCUACACAUCCAAGUAAAAGUGUCAAGUUACAUAAGAAGGCACCCGUUUUGUCUGCAUCAGACAGCAGCGUUUGCAGAGCUCCUGCGCCCAGCCGGUGGAGCGGCAGUUUGGCCUCGGCCCACCACAAGUCCCUCAGGGAGCGCAUCAUUCACCUGUUGGCUCUCAAGUCCUACAGAAAGCCCGAGCUGCUGUUAUGGCUGGAGCGAGAGCGGGUUGUUACCAGGGACAAAGCGGAGCUCAGUGCCAUAUUGGAUGAGGUGGCAAAAGUCAACCCCAAAGACAGCAGCUACCUCCUGAAAGAUGACUUCUACAAGUACGUACGGAAGGACUGGCCUGGCUACAAUGAGGAAGAGCGACAGCUCGUUAGUAGGUUGUUGUCGAGGAAGUUGCAGCCUCACGUGAGGGGUACUUCAAGGAAUCCUCAAGCCACAAUCGAGAAGCCGUGUGAGGAUAGAACACUACAACAUAGCCUAACAAAGAACCCGAUUGUGAAACGGACGGUGUCUACAGACUGUCUACAAGCCCUAUCUGCUAAGAGACAAAGGCAAAGUGAUCACACAACACAAGAGCAGCCAGCUAUUAAUGGACUUUUGAACAAUAAGGAAGCGCCUACAAUUACAUCUCCUACUUUGCCCAAAAAAACGGACUUCCAAGGGACUAAUAACACCAUAGGGAGCUACCAUGGAACUUACCAGCACGACUCUCCUCACAAAGUGUCAAACAACUCUGACAUAUCAGAGACUGACCUGCGUAGAACCAAAGCCAUGAGCCACGAGGCACUUCAGGCUGAGUCAGAAUGCGCUCAGCAGCAGAGGAAGAAGAAGUCCAAAAAGCACAAAGACAAGGAGCGGGAACGGUUAAAAGACCACCAAGACAAAAGGUGGUCAGACGACAGUCCAGAUCUCAAAUCAGAUCCAGACAAACUUGGGAAUUGUGACAUCACUAAAGACAUGGACUCUGUGGAGAAGCCAGAUUAUGUACGCACGUAUGUCAGGAUCACAAGCAUAGAGCAACGUCAGCAGUACCAGGAGGAUUUCGGCGCCGAAUACGAUGAAUACAAAGACCUGCACACCCGGAUCGCUGCCGUCACUCAAAUGUUUGUUCAGCUCGGAUCCAAGAUCAAGAGCAUGGCUCCUGGCACGAAAGAACACAAGGUGAUGGAAGAUCAAAUUUUAGAAAAAUACAACAAGUAUCGAAAGAAGUUUCCAGAUUACCAAGAAGAGAAGAAACGUUGUGAAUACCUGCACCAAAAACUUUCAUUCAUCAAGCAGCUUAUCAUGGACUACGACGUCUCUCGGACCUCCUCAUAG